GUAAGGGAUGAAGCUUCUCCGCUUUUUUUUCGGCAGCUGGCGUGAGGUUCUGGAAUUCCAACAUGGCAGUAGAUGUGGUCAGUAAUUCUGUGGUGGUCAGUCUCUCCAGCCCUGACUUGGAAGCAUUCCAGAACAUCACCGACUCGGAGUAACUGCCAUCCCCCGCUCUCAGCAGCACGGCUGGACGCUGUCGCCGUUCUCAGGCGCGGAACAGUUGGGGUUCCUGUCCGCCCAAAACACUGUUUGCAUGCGGUGUGUCAUUCAACUUACUGAAAAACUCUUUCUUUACAAUCCUUUCUGUCUCUCUCCGUCACCUUGCUGAUGUCAAGCAAUAUGAUCAGCGGUGUAUAUGGCGUGACCAUGCAGUGGAGCCCUGAGCAGUCACAGUGGGCGGAGCAACACUAUGACAUCACCUCGACCACUCGUUCACCAGGGCAUAAGAUCGAAGCACUUAGGGAUCCAAGGCUAACAGGUUCGACCUCAACUGCGGCGUACCAACAUUCAUGGGCAAACGAUGACAUUUCAGCUCUGACGGCUUCUAACCUGCUCAAGCGGUAUGCAGAGAGAUAUUCUGCCAUCCUGGAUCUACCCUGUGAGAGUGGACUUAUGGGAUAUCCAGACGCAGCCAUCUCCGUUAGCAUUAGGGGACCCGGUGUUGUGAAUAACGGGCCCCCCCUUCUUAAUGGACGGAAGGUGGAGGCAGAGCCCUGGCUGGAGAGCGUCUACCCUCCGUUGGGUUGCGUGCCCGAACUUCUUCCCAAAGCACCGCUCAGUGUGUCGGAUGUGUCCGUCAGUGCGUGUAACUCACCAGUUAUAGGCAGCGGGAGUCUUCCAGAAUCUUGUUUCUCCAGCAGCAGUUGUAACGGUCAGUCCGGGAACCAGGAAUACAGCAGCACUCCCUACAGCACUCCCUUCCUGCAGCCUGUAGGAACUUACGCAGGCUCUCUUUUCCACCCUACCCCUUCCCAUGCCAGUUUAGUGUCAACUUACAGUGCUAACACCUCGCAAAACCUAUCUGCAUACAGUUACCCAAAUCCCCGUUACCCCUCACAGGCCGUUCUUCCUGUAGGCUACAGUCCUCCCCCACCUCCCUCAGCGUACCUGCCUUCAGGUAUAACUCCUUCUAACCCUCUUCCAACUGUGGGAUACUCAUAUCUAACCACCAGCCUGGGAGGUAGUGUCUCUGAAAGUGAUCCCCCAAGUGCUACCAACCUUUCAAAGUCAUAUUACCCAUCAACUCAAAGUGAGAUUGGAGUGUUUGAGGAGUUUGAUUUUGGCGGAAACUCUAAUUCGGACUCUAGGUCUGAAGGCAGCCCCCUCUACAGACCAUCAGGAGAUGACACGGUGGACAAGCAAAAUGGGUUCAGCCAAUCGGCGGAUGAAACUUCAUCUUUCAAGCCAGCUAAUCACGGAGACACUUUAAGAAGCCUGGAGACUCUCACAGUAGCCAUGAGCGGCCGGAACAAUGGUACAUCCGGACAGCACUUCCCAUCUACCUCGACUUCUGUUGUCACUUCUCACCAACAUCUCUGCCUUGAUACAAACACACCCUGAGAGAUUGUGCUCACACUCAAGCAGCAAUGCUUGAGUUGAUGAAGUGUGAUUGCUUCCUCAUAAUGGAUCGGAGGUAGAAAGGAGGGACUUGCUCAAAGCCAUUGUGUCGGGGUUCAAUGCAGGGGCCUCAAAAUACAGCUGCAUCGUGGGGAAUUCUGUCCUGGAAGACAGCAGGAGUUUAGUUUCUCCUUUCUGGAAAGAGGACAAUGAUGUUGAUGUCCCUCCUAGCCGAGCCUAACUGGUCAUUGCGAGACAAUGACCUCCUCACUCUGCUGGAAUGGACAGACCAGUAUAUCCUCCAUGAUGGACACGCAUAUCUGAGAGGGAUGGAAAGAUUUCACUCCUCCAUUCCGAGAGAUAGGAGAGUACAUCAAGGGAAUUUAUAUGUCUAAUGGAUGUGUUGUGAUUACCAUGGAGACAAGGAGUCACGGUAACAGAUGUGGAGGUUGGACACUAGCUACGUAUGGUUGACCAUAUUGCCAUGGUGUACAUUCUGUGUGUGCGUGUGUUUGUGGCCUUGUAAUGGUUAUUUAUGUGGUGAGCUUUAAUUGUAAAUCCUUUUGCCCCUUUUCCACGGGAGAGUUGACAAAUCCUGGUUGUUUAAAGAGUCCAUGUGUGUGAGUGUGGGAGAGAUAAAUAAAACCUCAGGAAAGUGUCUGUCAGUUAAAUGGCGUAUGCCUGUACUGUAUGUGUAACAGAGAAGAGGGCAUUUUCACAUACCGUCCUUAGGAAAAAAAAAACAAUUCAAUGGACUUGAACUAGGUGGUCUGUUGGUAAAUUUGUGUGCUCUUUCACAGCAUUUUAAGAGAGUAUAAAGAUCUGUUGCUAGACAUAUUUGUAGAACGGAUUAUUCUACGAAAAAUUAUGCAAAACGUUUUUUUGCAGUUCUUUAGGUUGUUAAAGCUGCUGUGUGUAAUGUUUUUCAAUGAGAAAUGAUGUUCUCCUUUACUAGGUUAAUAUGCAGAGAAAAAUGUUGACUUUCCAAAAAGUGUAAACACUGGCACUGUGGUGCUUUGUUUGAACCUACCAACACUGGCUUAACCAUUGGUGCGAAUUUGGUGGCGGGACUUCCUUUUUGUCCGACCAAUGGAAGAUGGAGAGAAAUGUUUUAUUUUAAACAAUCUUUAUUUUUAUAAUUCCAUUUGAUGCCUUUAGGGGCUAACAAAAUUACAAACUGCAGCUUUAAAAUUUGCUGUUCGAUUUAAAAUGUUUAGCAAAUAACAGUAAUUGUCAGUCAUUGAGAUAUAUUGUGCUGUUAUGUCUAUUCCACCAAUUUUUGCUGUUGUCUCAAAAGAUUUUGCAGGCUAUCUUAACAUUACUGCAGACAUAAAAACAAAUGGAAUUCAGACAAUUCAAGCUACUUCCUGAGAUGGUCUCAGCCUGCUUGGCUACCAAAAAUAAAACAUUGCCUUAAGGGCCAAGUGUGAAAAUGCUCAGCGAGAAGGAGACCACAUGAUUUUUGCGUGUUUGUCUUCACUUAAGGUUUUUCGCAUUUUUAAAAAUAGUGUUGUUUACUUUAUCCCAAGCACUGGAAAUAGGUUUGGCUGACCUCACUACAAAUCUUUCUGUUUACU